AUGAACGCCUCUUUUUUCCCCAUUCUCCCAAACCACAUCAACACCACAUAUCCCUUCAACAUGCCUCAGUCCAUUCCCACCGCGUCCCGUCUUCUGGACCUCUUCAGCCUCAAGGGCAAGGUCGUCGUUGUCACGGGUGCCUCUGGCCCCCGUGGCAUGGGUAUCGAGGCCGCCCGCGGAUGCGCCGAGAUGGGCGCCGACCUGGCCAUCACCUACUCUUCCCGCAAGGAGGGCGCCGAGAAGAACGCCGCCGAGCUCGAGAAGGAGUACGGCGUCAAGGUCAAGAUCUACAAGCUCAACGUCAGCGACUACGCCCAGGUCGAGGCGACCACCAAGCAGAUCAUUGCCGACUUUGGCAAGAUUGAUGCCUUCAUCGCCAACGCCGGUGCCACCGCCGACGCCGGCAUCAUUGACGGCUCCAAGGAGGCCUGGGACCACGUCAUCCAGAUCGACCUCAACGGCACCGCGUACUGCGCCAAGGCCGUCGGCGCCCACUUCCGCGAGCGCGGCUCCGGCUCCUUUGUCAUCACCGCCUCCAUGUCCGGCCACAUUGCCAACUACCCCCAGGAGCAGACCUCGUACAACGUCGCAAAGGCCGGCUGCAUCCACAUGGCCCGCUCCCUCGCCAACGAGUGGCGCGACUUUGCCCGCGUCAACUCCAUCUCGCCGGGCUACAUUGACACGGGCCUGUCCGACUUUGUCGAGCAAAAGGUCCAGGACCUGUGGAAGAGCAUGAUCCCCAUGGGCCGCAACGGCGACGCCAAGGAGCUCAAGGGCGCCUACGUCUACCUCGUCUCCGAUGCUAGCACCUACACCACCGGUGCCGACAUUGUCAUUGACGGCGGCUACACCUGCCGGUAA